AUGGCAGCCACACUAAGUGCACAAUCGGCUUUGCCGAACCAGCCAACCUUGAUGUCACGCCAGACCUCUUCGCCGCUGCCCGAUCUGGCAUCGCUCCCCACCGAUUUCCUCGAUCACCUGCUGUUGGUCACACAGACUCUGGUCAAUUCCAAACCGCCACCUGCCGUGCUGCGUGCCAUGUCGCGUGAUCCAACACGCAAGGAACAGUCUUCGUCCAACGGCGACCUAUUCGAGGCCCAUUUGGCUGACGACGUCGCGUCGAUUGACCUCGACGACCCCACAUCCCAUGCCGAGGGCAUCGUUAGCCUGCCUCUCCCCCAAUUUAAUUCAGCGCACAGCGAUGAGCGCACAAAGGCCAUCGAAGAAAAUCUUGCAAAGCUUGCAGAGCGUCUCUGGCGCGCAGAAGAUCAUCUCGAGGUCGUCGCUCGCAGCCAGGAAAUCGUACGCACCCCCGGUGCCGAGGAGCAACCUGACGACCCCAACCAUGCGCGCAAUCUCUUCUUUGGCAAGCCUUUCCCCUAUCCGCUCUCUCACGCUCAACCCCAGAGUUCCACCUAUCCGCUCAGCUACCCGCUUGGCAUGGGUCUCAAUGGCCCAGUGCUUCUUGGCGGCCAGCACUCCCGCACCGACGACCCCAUCUCUUCCUUUGAGCGCUACAACGACGAGAGCGGCCUCUCGGCCCAAGAAGAGCUGCGCCUGCUCAAAGCUCAGGUUCAGGACAUUGCCCGUGUCUGCAAAGCCGUCGCGUUUGGAGACCUCUCCCAGCACAUCACCGUCCCCGUACAAGGCCACGUCAUGGUCGAACUCAAGGACAUCAUCAACCAAAUGGUAGACCGUCUUUCACAUUUCGCAGCCGAAGUCACUCGCGUAUCGCUUGAAGUAGGAACCCAGGGCAAGCUCGGUGGUCAGGCCGAGGUGCAUGGCGUCGAAGGCACCUGGAAGGAACUCAAGGACGUCGUCAAUCGUCUCGCUGCCAACCUCACCAAUCAGGUGCGAGGUGUUGCACUCGUCACAAAGGCCGUCGCUCGCGGCGAUCUCUCCCAAAAGAUCGAGGUUGAAGCCGAUGGCGAGAUCCUCGAACUCAAGGUUACCAUCAAUGUCAUGGUCGAUCAACUCCGCCAUUUCUCCACCGAGGUCACCCGUGUCUCGCGCGAGGUGGGCAGCAAAGGUCAGCUCGGCGGCCAGGCCAACGUACCCGGCGUCCAAGGUGUCUGGAAGGAGCUCACCGACAACGUCAAUCGCAUGUGUUCCAACCUCACUGGUCAGGUGCGUUCCAUUGGCGUGGUCACCACCGCCGUCGCUAAAGGCGACCUCACCAAGACCAUCGACAUUGACGCCGAGGGCGAAAUGGCCCAACUCAAGGACACUGUCAACUCGAUGGUCGGCCAGUUGCGCAUCUUUGCCAGCGAAGUCAUCCGCAUGUCCAUGGAAGUCGGAACCUACGGCAAACUCGGCGGUCAAGCGCACGUGCCCAACGUCGAAGGCACCUGGAAGGAUCUCACAGAGAACGUCAACAAGAUGGCCGACAACCUCACCUCGCAGGUACGAGAGAUCGCACGCGUCACCAAGUGCGUAGCCGAAGGUGUGCUCACUGAGUUCAUCAAUGUAGACGUCAAAGGAGAAAUCCUCGACCUCAAAUUGACUGUCAACAACAUGGUUCGCCAACUCAAGACGCUCUCGGACGAAAUCAUCCGUGUCUCCGUCGAGGUUGGCACCGAGGGUCGCCUUGGAGGACAGGCCAAGGUCAACGACGUCAAGGGUCAGUGGCAGGUGCUGACCGAGCGAGUCAACAUGAUGGCCAGUAACCUCACCACCCAGGUGCGCUCCAUCGCCACCGUCACCACCGCUGUAGCGCGCGGCGACCUCAGCAAGACCAUCAACGUCGAAGUUCGCGGCGAGUUCCUCGACCUCAAGCUCACCGUCAACAACAUGGUCGAAUCCUUGCGUACCUUCUCGUUCGAGGUAACCCGUGUCGCCAAGGAGGUCGGAACCGAGGGCAAGCUCGGCGGUCGCGCCACCGUGCUCGGCGUCGGCGGAACGUGGAAGGAUCUCACCGAUUCAGUCAACACCAUGGCCGCGAAUUUGACGCUUCAGGUGCGUGCCAUCGCUUACGCCACCACUGCCGUAGCGCGCGGUGAUCUCACGCAAAAGGUAACCAUCCCCGUCUCUGGCGAGAUGCUCGACUUGGUCAACACGAUCAACAACAUGAUUGACCAGCUCAGCUUCUUCGCCUCCGAGGUGACGCGGGUCGCACGAGAGGUGGGUACCGAGGGCAAGCUCGGCGUACAGGCGCAAAAGAAGGACAUCGAAGGCACAUGGGGCGAGAUCACGGACAAUGUCAACAUCAUGGCCAACAACCUCACCUCACAGGUGCGUGCUUUUGCCCAGAUCACCGCCGCCGCCACUGACGGUGACUUUACCCGGUUCGUCACCGUCGAGGCGUCUGGUGAGAUGGACUCGCUCAAGACCAAAAUCAACCAGAUGGUGUACAGCCUGCGCGACAGCAUCCAGAAGAACACGGCCGCCAGGGAAGCCGCCGAGCUGGCCAACAGGUCCAAGUCCGAGUUCUUGGCCAACAUGUCGCACGAGAUUCGAACGCCGAUGAACGGCAUCAUUGGUAUGACGGCGCUCACGCUCGAGACCGAGCUCUCGCGCUCACAGCGAGAGAACCUCGUCACCGUCUCGACGCUCGCCGGCAAUCUGCUCGCCAUUAUUGACGACAUCCUCGACAUUUCCAAGAUCGAAGCUGGUCGCAUGAACGUAGAGGAGAUUCCCUUUUCGCUGAGGGGCAUUGUAUUUAGCGUACUUAAGACGCUCUCGGUGCGAGCGACGCAGAAGAAGCUCAAUCUCAUGUACGAGGUGGCUCCCGACUGCCCAGAUCCGCUCAUCGGCGAUGCACUUCGACUCAAGCAGAUCAUCACCAACCUCAUCGGUAACGCGGUCAAGUUCACAGAUGCAGGCGGUCGCGUCGCACUCAAGUGCAAGCUCUCCAAGAUGGUGGGUAGUAACCAAGCCAUGCUCGAGUUCUGCGCUUCUGACUCGGGCAUCGGCAUCAAGCAGGACAAGCUCGACGUCAUCUUCGACACCUUCUGCCAGGCUGAUGGCUCGACCACGCGAAAGUACGGAGGUACAGGCCUCGGAUUGUCGAUUUCCAGACGGCUCGUCAACCUCAUGGGAGGUGAUUUGUGGGUGCGAAGCAAUUAUGGCAAGGGCUCGGACUUCUUCUUUACCAUGGUGGUCAAGCUGGACCAGAUCUCGCCGGACCAGGUCAAGGAAAAGAUCCGCCCGUACACAGGGCGCAACAUCUUCUAUCUGGAUACGCUGCACGACAAGACGGGUGUACAGGCCAUGAUCGAGGAUCUUGGCUUGAAGCCGUUUACCGUGCACAGCGUCGACGAAGCGUCACAUCGCAAACGUGGCAUGCCUCGCAUCGACGCCAUCAUCGCCGACUCGCUCGCCGUGGUCGAAGACCUGCGCAACGUCGAGCACCUCCGUUACAUCCCCAUCAACCUCGUCUCGCCGGCACAGCUGACGCUCAACCUGACGUACUGCUUGGAUCACGGCAUCAGCUCGUACAUCAACACACCCACCUCGGUCGCCGAUCUGUAUUACGCCUUGCUGCCCUCGCUCGAGUCGUCAGCAGCGACGCCGACGGAGGGAUCCAACGAAGUGACGUACGACAUCCUGCUCGCCGAAGACAACGUGGUGAACCAGAAGCUGGCGUGCAAGAUUCUCACCAACCAGGGACACAAGGUGGAUAUUGUGGACAACGGACAUUUGGCGGUGAUGGCGGUUAAGAAACGUCAGUACGACGUGAUCCUUAUGGACGUUAGCAUGCCCGUCAUGGGAGGCAUCGAGGCGACAAUGGCGAUCCGAGAGUUUGAAAAGACGCUCGGCGACGAACAGGUGCCCAUUGUCGCCUUGACCGCGCACGCCAUGUUGGGUGACAAGGAAAAGUGUCUGCAGGCCGGAAUGAGUGCGUAUGUCUCGAAACCCAUCAGGCGGGUCGAGUUGAUCAGCACGUUGCAUUCCUUGCUCAGCCAGAAGAAGAGUGUCGGUGGGAAAGUGUGA